AUGACAUUUCAUAGUACACAAAGACGCUCAGGCGGUAAAGAUGAACCAGAAGACCUCCGUCAACUUCGUCGUGAACACGGAGCAUCACUUGCGUCAUUGAAGGAGCUCUUUGCAGAUUGGACGGAGGAAGAUCUCUUGUACGCCAUUCAGGACGCCGGUGGAGAUGCUAAUCUAGCGACUCUUCGUAUUACUGAAGGCCAUGCCUCUCAAUGGGGCGAGGUUAAGGGCAAGAAGAAGGCUGUUAAGACAAAGGCCACAACCGACAACCGCUCUACCGCCCAGCGCGGCGCAUUCACAGAUCGUGGAUCGCGUGGUCGAACUGAUGGAUCCCGCGGAGGUCGCGGUGGAUCAAACAAAGGUGGCUCAUCUCGUGCCCAAAAUGGUGAUGGACGUACUGCUAAGGAAAUGGAGGCAUAUCCAGCAUUGGGCGGAUCAAGGACUGUUGGUAAAGUGGAUACCACUCCAAGCAACGGGCUAUCAUAUGCCAAUAUUGCUAGGUCUCAUACGUCUAUGACAGAGCCUGCAGUGCCUGCCAAAGAUGAAACAGCAAAGAGUUUGAAUGGUACUCAUGACGAUUCAAAAGAUGCUUCAGUAAAUUCUGCUGCCCUCGUAAACUCAGGAGACGCUCCUGACUGGAAUACCACUAGUACAGAUUCAUGGAGUGCACCUGCCACGUCUACCACAACUACAGAUUCAUAUGACAAACCAUCAUCAUCCUCAGCAACUACAGAUUCAUGGGACACACCCGCAGCCUCAAGUGGCGCAACUUCUACUCGUAAAGUCAACGCUCCUACCGCUCCAACUGCAAGCAAAAUGUCAUGGGCUAACAUUGUCAAGCCUGCACCAAAGAGUAUACCCGCUACUGCACCUGCACCUGCACAUGAACCUACACAUGAACCUACAUCUCAAUCCACAUCUGCACCUAUUGAAGAACAAAAGCCUGAUGAGCCUGUUAACGAACCGACUGUUGAGCCUACAAUAGAAUCCGCUCCUGUUGUUGAAGAAGCGCAGGAAGAGAAAACUAUUGAACCAGAAGCAACAGAACCCACACCUCAAACUGAUAUUGAAGAGCCUGCACAUGAACCAGAAGUAGAAGUCCAGCCUCAACCUGAGCCUGAAUCUGAGCCAGUACGGGAAUCAGAACCAGAAACAGAACCAGAGCCAGUGAAAACACCCGCUGCCUCACCGCCCGCUGCCGUUAUUGCACCAGUUGGUCCUCCUCCAGGAUUGAAGCAAAAACCCGCGUCGCAGCCGCGUCGCUUGAACCAGGAUGCUCCUGUAGUAAUGCCUGGUGGAUCUUCCGCUCUUCAGAGCGUUAGCCUCAAGUUUGGAAGCUUCUCCUUGAACGAUGAUGCGGAGGUAGACGCGGAUGCGGAUGCAGCCGAACCAGAGACUGAGCCUGAAGUAACGAAAGAAGUAGCGCCAGAAACGAAACCAGAGGUCAAGGUGGAGACGCAACCCGAUCAACCAGCCGAGGCCAAUGGCUCUGUGCAGCCUCCUCAACAAACACAGCCGGCUCAACAAGCUCAACCAGCUCCACAAACUCCACAAGCCCAGCCAGCACAACCUGUUCAGCAAGCUCAGUUUGCUCAGCAAGCUCAAUCAGCUCAGCCCACUCAGCCAUCUCAGACAGCACAGCAACAGCCCGCUGCAUAUGGCCGCCAGCCUAAUAACCCUCCUGGUGCGUCAGGAUACCAAGGUGCAACACCCGCUGCCGCCGGUCAAUCAGUUGCUGGGUCCAAUACCAUAUAUGCUGGUCAGGACCCUUCUAACCCUAUCAACACUUAUCUCGGCCAACCCCAUCAUCAUCAUCCCGGAAUGGGUCAUGAUGCUAUGAGCUCACCCUAUGGAUCAUACAUGCCUACAGCUAAUCAGCUGGGUACUUUUGGUAUGGGCCCAAUGGGCACUCUUCCCAAUGACUAUGGUGCACUUUAUGGAAAUGACAUGCAGCGUGCAAUGUACUAUGAUCCAACGGGGUAUGGCCAAAUGCCUGUUACUGCUGCUAAUAGCUACCAGACUCGUGACAACAAGUAUAGUCACGACCCAUCUGCCGCUGUCAGCACUACAGGAGCGGCCUCAACAGCCUCCACACAGGCACAGCAGACACUUCAACAACAGCAAGCUUAUCCCAACAUGGGAGGCAUGCCAUUUUAUCCCUACUAUUAUAUGCACAGCCAGUUCCCUAAUGCAUAUCAGCAGUCAGGAUAUGGUCAACCUUUCAUGAACAAGAACAUAUAUCCAAUGUACCAGCAACAACAGCAUUCCAACAAACCUGGAUCAGUGAACAACUCUCCUUAUGGCAAUUAUGGUUCGACUGGUGCAGGCCAAGGUGGUCACCACCAAUAUUCUCAGUCAGGUUAUGAUGAUAUGUCUGGAGCUGGACUUCAUGGUAUGGGUGGACUUGGUAAUGAUCAUUAUGGCAAAUAUGGAAACCCUGGCAUGCAGAGCUUUUUAGCUGGACAGCAACAAGGAGGCGCGGGCGCAUCGAACGCAGGAGCUAACAAAGGAAGUUCCAACUCUGCAAACUAUGGAGGUUCUGACAAGUCUGCCAAUGCGGGACCUCAGCCCACAGGCGGAGCCUCUCUUCAAGGUCAGCAAGGAGUUGGAGCAAUGAAUCCUGUUCAACAGGCAUACUACCAACAGCACAUGUUUUCCAACUAUCAGUAUCCCAACCAUCAUCAAGGCUAUCAUCCUGGUCAGCAUCAGGGACAGCACCAAGGCUCCGGCCGCACCAACAAUAACAACAAUCAACAGUUCUGGGGUCAGAAUUAG